UGUAGUACGCCGAUAUGUGUCGCCACAAGUUCCAACUAAAUUCGUUACUUACUGCUCUAUAUACUUCAUGUAUUUCAUGGUACAAGUGCAGUUACGAAACGGUUCCGGUUGGUGUGCAUUCAUUGUGGAGUGUCGACGACAGGAAUUGUACGCACGUAAUUCUACUUAAGCUACUUUGAGAUAAAAUGGCAGAUAAUGAUGAUCUUCUGGAUUAUGAAGAUGAGGAGCAGAAUGAGCAGCCAGAUGGAACUGGAGAUGUUCCUACUAAGAAGGAAGUGAAAGGCACAUAUGUUUCUAUCCACAGUAGUGGGUUCCGAGACUUCCUUCUAAAGCCAGAGAUUUUACGUGCUAUUGUUGAUUGUGGUUUUGAACAUCCAUCUGAAGUUCAACAUGAAUGCAUUCCUCAAGCUGUGCUUGGAAUGGAUAUACUGUGUCAAGCAAAAUCUGGUAUGGGAAAAACUGCUGUAUUUGUAUUAGCCACUUUGCAGCAGUUGGAAUUGACGGAGAAUCAAGUCUAUGUUCUGGUGAUGUGUCACACUCGAGAAUUAGCGUUCCAAAUCAGUAAGGAAUACGAAAGAUUCAGCAAAUAUAUGCCACAUGUAAAGGUUGGUGUAUUCUUUGGUGGUUUACCUAUCCAGAAAGAUGAAGAUGUCUUGAAGACUGUAUGCCCUCAUAUUGUCGUCGGUACUCCUGGUCGUAUCCUCGCUCUUGUACGGAAUAAAAAACUGAAUUUGAAACAUCUGAAGCAUUUCAUAUUAGACGAAUGCGAUAAGAUGCUUGAAUUACUAGACAUGCGUCGAGACGUACAGGAAAUAUUUAGAAGCACGCCGCAUAGCAAGCAAGUCAUGAUGUUCAGCGCUACGUUGUCCAAGGAGAUACGUCCUGUCUGCAAAAAGUUCAUGCAAGAUCCCAUGGAAGUCUAUGUCGAUGACGAGGCGAAGCUCACCUUGAACGGUCUACAGCAACAUUAUGUUAAACUGAAGGAGAAUGAGAAGAACAAGAAGUUAUUUGAACUCCUGGAUGUACUCGAGUUCAAUCAGGUUGUUAUAUUCGUGAAGUCUGUACAAAGAUGUAUGGCUUUAGCGCAACUCCUGACAGAACAGAACUUCCCUGCAAUUGGAAUUCAUCGAGGCAUGACGCAAGAGGAACGAUUAUCUAGAUAUCAACAGUUCAAAGAUUUUCAAAAGCGUAUCUUGGUGGCGACAAACCUGUUUGGACGUGGUAUGGAUAUAGAACGUGUUAAUAUCGUAUUCAAUUAUGACAUGCCGGAAGAUUCCGACACAUAUCUGCAUAGAGUUGCACGUGCCGGUCGUUUCGGUACAAAGGGUCUUGCUAUUACAUUAGUUAGUGACGAGAGUGACGCCAAGAUAUUGAACGAUGUUCAAGAAAGGUUUGACGUCAAUAUCACAGAAUUACCGGACGAAAUUGAUCUCGCUUCAUACAUUGAAGGACGAUGAAUUGAAUCUGCACCGUUUUAUUUUACAAUAAAAUCUUGAAGCACACAUAUAAAGUAUGUUUAUAAGCUUAUAUAUACAUAAUAAUAUGAAGUAUAAUUUUAUGUAUUUUUUGGAAUUGCGUUCAAGUUAAUUUUUUCAAUUUCCAGUGUUUCUUCUAAAGCUGUCAAUUCCACUUCAAAUAUCAAAUAUCAAUUUGAUGUGAAAUAAUAACUACAAAUAUAUGUAAACCAAAAAUAACUUGUGAAUGCAUUCAUUGCAAGAUUUGUUCUUGUAUCAGAUCUUUUAAUUGGGAAUUAGUAAUUAGACGCUGGUUUAUAUGGUCAUACUAUAAUCGCAGUUACUUUUAAAUCUAAAAAUAAAUAAGUAUUAAUAAGAGUGUACAUUAUAUGUCUUAUUCCAUAAUUAAAAAAUAAGUAUUAUGUAUGAUAGAUGUGUCAAGGAGUUUAGUUACAUGGAAGUGUAACCAUGUAAACCAUCACAAUAAAAACUCACUUUUGUAA